UGAAUUAAUUCCAAUUUGCAAUCCUUUUUCCCCAGGGAUUUCAAUUUGUGAAAUCAAAAUGGGGACGAAGAGCAACUUCAAUUCUACAUCCCAAUCUCAAAGAGAAAAUACAAAUAACAAAGACAACAACAACACCAAUGUUGUGUUGAAUGUCUAUGAUCUCACCCCUCUCAAUAAUUACUUAUAUUGGUUGGGAUUUGGAAUCUUUCACUCUGGUAUUCAAGUACAUGGUAAGGAGUAUGGAUUUGGAGCUCAUGACUUCCCAUCAAGUGGAGUAUUUGAAGUGGAGCCAAGGAAGUGCCCUGGAUUUAUGUACAGAACUUCUGUCUCUUUGGGCCAAGUAAACAUGCAUCCUUCCGAGUUUCGGACAUUUAUUGAGAACAUGGCUAGUGAGUAUCAUGGAGAUACCUAUCACCUUAUAUCUAAGAACUGCAAUCAUUUCACAGAUGAUAUCUCAGGUAGAUUGACAGGAAAACGCCUCCCUGGUUGGGUUAAUCGACUCGCUAGGAUAGGUUCCUUAUGUAGCUGUCUACUUCCUGAUAGUAUUCAAGUAACUACGGUUAAACAGCUACCUGAAUACCAUUCUGAAGAUGAAGUUACUGAUUCUCUAUCAACUGCCACGCCUGGUGAAUCAAUGGAAUUAGAUGAUGAACAAGCAAAAUGCCUUCUCUCACCUCUCGCUACCACAGAAGAUGUUGCUUUUGUUAAAGAGGCUCAAGUAAAAUGAUUUUCAUGUGUUUGAGCCUUUUAGGUGGGAAAACACUUGGACAAUUUGGAGAAACUAUUCUUGCCCGGAAUUUCACAGUUUCCGGUGGCUUUCUCCGUUCGUCUUUGUAUUUAUUGUCUAUGCAUUUGUUUCUGUGUAUUAAUGAUUGAUUGUAUAGUUUAUUUGGUGGCAGCUAUGGUUUUUAUUUUUUGGAGGGAUUAAUGGAGCUCUUAGGCAUGUAUAUGACAGACAAUCCAAGUUAGCAAACUGUCUGAGACGUAAAAGGUUCUUUUAAGACUCUAUUUUGCAAGUUUCUUUGGUGGAUUUAUAUGGUAAAUGUCAAAGUGAAAUAAGCUUGUGUAACAUAGGCACAUCAAAUUCUAAUCAUAACUUUUGAUUGCUUUUGUUAUAGACUUCGACAUAUCUUUCACUCGUAAAAUGUGUUUUUUAUUA